AUGUCGUCGACCAAGAAGUUGAACAUCCUCAUCUACUCCGGCCCAGGCGCCACUCCGACCUCCAUCCGACACAUCACCUACACCCUCCGCCGCCUGGUCGGACCAAACUACGCCAUUAUCACCAUCACCGCCGAGCAGCUUCUCAAGGAACCCUGGCCGCCGACCUGCGCCUUGCUCGUGCUUCCUGGCGGAGCUGACAUGGCGUACUGCCGCUCGCUGAAUGGUGCAGGUAAUCGGAGGAUCAAGCAGUACGUUCAGCUUGGUGGCAGUUUCCUCGGUCUCUGCGCGGGUGGAUACUACGGUUGUUCGAAGUGUGAAUUUGAGGUUGGGAAAAGGAGUAUGGAGGUCGUCGGAGACAGGGAGCUAGCUUUCUUCCCUGGCACUUGUCGCGGCCUAGCCUUUGGAGGCUUCGUUUACAACAGUGAGGAUGGUGCGAGGCCUGUCAAGCUCAAGUCGGCCGAAGGAGUGAUGUUCAAGAGCUACUACAAUGGUGGUGGUGUCUUUGUCGAUGCCGGCAGCUUCAACGAGCGGGGCAUUGAGACCAUUGCAACGUACGAAGACGAGCUGGCGGUGGAUGGCGGAGAGGGCGGCGCUGCUGUGGUGCUGUGCAAGGUUGGAGAGGGCAAGGCAGUCUUGACUGGACCGCACCCUGAAUUCGCACCGAUCAACCUCUACUCCGAAAACUACCGCAAACCUCACAACCGGACCAUCAUUGAGGACUUGAAAGCGGACGAAAAUGCCCGGACAGGCUUCUUACGAGAGUGCCUGCGCAAGCUAGGGCUGGAAGUCAGCGAAGACUCUACUCCGGUACCGUCACUCUCUCGUUUGCAUCUCUCCUCUUUCCAGCCGAACUACAUCGCGGAGCUCGUUCAUGGCUGGCACGAAGCCGGCAUCGUCUCCGCAGAAGACGGCGAAGAGCUCAUUAAAGGCGAGAACGAUACCUUCAGACUUGAAGAAGUUGGGCGCUGGAACAUGGCUUCGGUGGCGAAAGCUUUCGCAGACGCUGUUCCUCAGCCUGUGAAGGACGCUGUCAAAGACGCCCUUCCUGAUGCCGUCACCGCUUCGUCGAGCUCUGCGAAUGCUGGCAAAGAGAAUCAAGCGCCAGGAGCUGAUACAUCCUCCGACAGAAUCCUCGACUAUAACUCCAUCACGAAACAACUCGUUGCACACGAAAGAGAGAUCCCCGAUCCCAAGGAGACGCCAUACUUCAACCACCACGCUUUCUUCUCGAACCUCAAAUCGUACGCUGUAGACAACUGCCGCGUUUCAGACGGGUCAUGGGGUCGCACACUCCUCUACGGCGAGGUUGUCACCAGUACCAACACCCUGCUCGAAAAGAACACUACUCUCCUCUCCCACAUCCCGACCGGCCUCACAGCGACUGCCACAACCCAAGUCGCCGGUCGCGGCCGUGGAACCAACGUCUGGGUCUCGCCACCUGGUAGUCUCAUGUUCAGCGUCGUACUCAGACACAGUCUUACCCUCUCCAACUCCGCACCAGUCGUCUUCGUGCAAUACCUCGCAGCCCUCGCCAUCGUCGCCGGCAUCCGCGAAUACGACAAAGGAUACCAGAAGCUGCCGGUGAAGCUCAAAUGGCCCAACGACAUCUACGCGCUCGACCCAGCGAAAGAUCCAAAGGAGAACUCGUACGUCAAAAUAGGCGGCAUACUAGUCAACUCCAGCUACGCCGGCGGCGACUACACCCUCGUCGUCGGCGUCGGCCUGAACACCAACAACACCGCCCCGUCCGUCUCGCUCUCCCAACUCGCAACCAACGCCGGCCUUCCCGCCUUCACGCUAGAAAAGCUCCUCGCGUCCAUCCUCACGCACUUCGAAGAGCUGUACACGUCCUUCUGCCAGACCGGCUUCGAUGCCAAGCUCGAGAACCUGUACUACGACUCCUGGCUGCACACGGACCAAGUCGUCACGCUGGAAGCGGAGGGUGGCGCGAAGGCGAAGAUCAAGGGUAUUACGAGGGAUUGGGGCUUGCUGGUGGCGGAAGAGGUGGGUUGGGAUGGGAGGGUGAAGGGUGGGAGGUGGGAGUUGCAGAGUGAUAGUAAUAGUUUUGAUUUCUUUAAGGGGUUGUUGAGGAAGAAGGUUUAG